AUGGAAAGUGUCUGCAUCGAAUGCCAACAGAAAGCUGAAUUCAUCUGUUUUUGUCAAGAUAUCAAGCUUUGUAAAGCUUGUAUACCAAACCAUCAAAAAAAAGUUACAGGCCCACACAAGCUUGUCCUUAUAGGCGACCCAGACCUUGAAAAAAUUCAGUUAGAGUUCAAUAAAACCCGGAGGGCGACCAAAGGUCCUAAAAAAACUGCAGGAGGCAAAAAAAAGCCUGCAGGCCCUAAAAAACCAUCAAAAACCCCUGAAGAAGAAAAAAAACUGGCUGAUGAAAAAGAUGCAUUAAAACAGCGAAUGAACGAAGAACUGCAAAAGCUUCAGAAUUUUAAAAGAGAAAUGAUCAGCAAGCUAUCAAAUCAAGCUGCCAGAAUAAUCCAGCACAUUGUAGGAGAGCAUGACAAAGCUAAAGAAAUCUUGAACCGCGAAUGCGGAGCUAAACAAAGCUCGAUUCAAGAAGCUAUUAUUGAAUGUGACAAAACUCCUGCAAAUGGGGACAUUGAAAGAGGAAAUGUCGUGCUUGCAAAAGUCCUAGAUGCUCCCGAUCUAAAUGCGUUGAAUCUUGUGAAUAGUAAAUGCACUGUUAAAGAAAAAAGUAUUUCUUUAGAAGGGUCGCUGACUUUUCAAACUGUUUUGAUGCCUUUGAAGUCCAAUACAAAACUUCAAGAAUUUUGGGUGAGGAAAUUUUUUUUAAAAAUUUAUUUUUUGUUUUUUUUAGGAAUAAAAAAUUUGUAGAGAAUUUUUAUCAGCAAAUGCAACUGGAAUGAAUGAAAAAAUCAAGCAACUUUUUGAUGAUGUUUUAGCUGAAAGGCAUCAUGCGGUUACUGAAAUAAAGCUAACUAAAGUAAGUUUAGGAAAAGACGGUGCUAAACAUUUAGCAACUAUUUUGCCUAAAUAUUCAAAAAUUAAAUCAUUGAGACUUGUAGACACUGAGCUAGGGGUUGAAGGAGCUAAAAAAAUAGCGACAGGGCUAUCAAGCUUAAAAGGACUGCAAAAACUUUGUAUUUCAAAAAAUUCGCUUGGAGGACAAGGAGGGAAAAGUAUUGCAGCAGCUAUAAAAGAUCUAAAUCAACUAAAAACUAUUGAUUUGUCAAGCAAUAAGCUUGGAAAUGAAGGGACGAAAUUCAUAGCUGCAGCUUUAAAAAAUUUAGUCGAGUUGAGAUCAUUGAGGCUAUCAAACAAUAACUUAAGCACUGAAAGCGCCAGAGCUCUUGCAUCAAUUUUAGUUGGCCUUAAAAAGUUGAAAACAUUGAAUUUAGCUGAUAAUAGUUUUGAAGGAGAAGAUAGGAACAUGCUGAAUGAGACGACUCCUAAAGAAUGCAACCUCGAGUUAUAA